AUGAAAUACCUAUCUAAUUUCCAUCCUGAAUUUGUGCAACCACUUUUGGUGGGUUUCAAAAUGUUAGAUAAAUUUAAUUUAACCUUUUUUGAUGACAAUGUGUCCUUUCUAAAGAGAUAUUGGAAGUUUUUAUACUUAGUUCCUUUUACGGUGGCCUUCAUUACUUGUAUGUCGAUAUACAUGAUUAAUAUAUUCAGUGAGGAAAUCGACGUCACCGAAUUCGCUUACAUGGUCCCUGUGUAUAUUAGUUUUGUUACGGGUGUGAUUAAAGCGACAAUUGUAUUACUGAAGAGAUCCGAUAUUAAAAACUUAAUUUAUCAUUUGGGUAAUAUGUGGAGAACGUCAAACCUUACUGAUAAACAAAUUGAGAAGAAGAAAAAUCUUUUAAAAACUCUAAAAUAUUUUCAAUUAGUGUUCUACUGGAGUGACAUAAUAGGAGCAUGGCAACAUUUAACAACGCCAUUAUUGUUAGUACUUUUUCGUACAUUUAUACUGCAAGAGGAUUGUGAGCUGGCGUUGCCGUUUGGGAGUGUGUAUCCAUACGAUCCUACAGAAAAUUGGUUCAAAUAUUUAGCAACUUACGCAUUCCAAUCAUUUGCCAUGUUGCGAGAAGUUUACAUAUAUAUAGGCACUGACUUUUUGUUGAUGACGCUGUCUGCACACCUUGCUAUUGCAUUUGCACUUCUUCGUGAAGAUUUGGUAAACGUUGCGCCUACGAAUAUAAAAAAUGGAUUUUGCAAUAAUUCAACUGAUGGACAACAAACGAACGAAGAAAGUUAUGUAAAAAUAUCCAUACAAGAUUUUAUUUGUCGGCAUCAGAAGUUAAUUGAGUUGGCUGCUUUAUUGAACGACGUAUUCAACAUCAUGAUAUUCGUCAAUUUAUUAUUUAUUACGAUUAUUGCAUGCUUUUUCGGAUUUGCAACCACGGUAGCGCGAGGGAUAGUAGAGAUGAUAAACAACUUAGUUGCUGUUUUGGCGUUGUUGUUACCCACCUAUUUACUUUGUUACUACGGCGAGUUAUUGAGGAACGAAAGUUUGCGUAUAGCUGAUUCGGCUUACACUAAUUUAUGGUAUAAAGGAGAUGUUUAUUACCAGAAAAUGAUUAAUAUCAUAAUAAUACGAUCACAACGGCCUUGCUGUCUUACGUCACUAAAACAUGUACCGGUUACUUUGAACUCGUUCACUAAGGUACUAAGUACAACGUGGUCGUAUUUUUCGGUAGCAACAAGUAUUUAUUUUGAUAAGGAGUAG